UCUUACAAUGAAAAGUUCUUUAUGUUUUGUAUUAUUAUUUUGUGUUUCUCAUCACAAUUCUUAUUGUUUUGUGUCGGCCACAUCAACUAUCAUAUUAUCUACAUCAUUUAAUAAUCCGACACAUGUUGUAGAUAGUAUGGUAUAUUAAUAUUUCAUAUUCAUAUUACAGACUAAUCGUUUAGAGAAGUUGUACUUAGAGAAGAGCUUCAUAUUAAGAAAUAUGGCGUAUCCUGAGAGAGAUCUCAUUGUUGAUCCUAGAAGCGGUUUCUGCAAAUCAAACUCUACAUUCUAUAGCAAGCGAAACCCAUUAUGUCUCCCGCCAAAUCCGUCGCUUGACGUCACAACUUUCAUAUCAUCUCAACCGCAACGCGGCACCACCGCCUUCAUCGACGCCUCCACGGGCCACCGCUUAACCUUCUCCGAUCUCUGGAGAGUCGUUGAUCGCGUCGCUGACUGUCUAUAUCAUGAAGUCGGAAUACGAAGAGGCGACGUCGUCCUCAUCCUCUCUCCAAAUUCAAUCUACAUUCCCGUCGUUUGCCUCUCCGUCAUGUCUCUCGGCGCCGUCGUCACCACCGCCAACACUCUCAACACCUCCGGCGAAAUCUCCAAACAGAUCGCCCAAAGUAAUCCAACUCUCGUCUUCACCACGAGCCAGCUGGCACCCAAACUCGCAGCCGCAAUCUCCGUCGUCCUCACCGACGAAGAAGACGAGAAGCGAGUGGAGCUCACUAGUGGAGUCAGAGUCGUUGGGAUUUUGAGCGAGAUGAUGAAGAAAGAAACGAGUGGUCAACGAGUCAGAGACCGAGUCAACCAGGACGACACGGCGAUGAUGCUUUACUCGUCGGGAACCACAGGGACGAGCAAAGGAGUGAUCUCGUCUCACCGGAAUUUAACAGCUUACGUUGCGAAAUACAUCGACGAUAAAUGGAAACGAGACGAGAUAUUCGUAUGUACCGUGCCGAUGUUCCACUCCUUCGGGUUAUUGGCGUUCGCAAUGGGCUCCGUAGCAUCGGGUUCAACGGUGGUGAUUCUCCGGAGAUUCGGGCUCGACGAUAUGAUGCAAGCGGUGGAGAAGUACAAAGCCACGAUUCUGAGUUUGGCUCCACCGGUUUUGGUAGCUAUGAUUAACGGUGCAGAUCAGCUCAAGGCCAAGUACGAUUUGACCUCCCUGAGAAAGGUUAGGUGUGGUGGAGCACCGUUGAGCAAGGAGGUUAUGGAUAGCUUCCUAGAGAAAUAUCCAACGGUUAAUAUUUUUCAAGGAUAUGCGUUGACUGAGUCGCACGGUUCAGGAGCUUCGACGGAAUCUGUGGAGGAGAGUCUGAAAUACGGUGCGGUUGGGUUGUUGUCGUCCGGUAUUGAAGCGAGGAUUGUGGAUCCGGAUACGGGUCGGGUCAUGGGUGUGAACCAACCCGGUGAGCUCUGGCUCAAGGGUCCUUCUAUUUCUAAAGGUUAUUUCGGAAAUGAAGAAGCUACAAAUGAAACUAUUAAUCUAGAAGGAUGGCUAAAACUGGAGAUCUCUGCUAUAUCGAUGAAGAUGGGUUUCUAUUUGUUGUGGAUCGACUGAAAGAAUUGAUCAAAUACAAAGGCUAUCAGGUUCAUCAUCGUUAUGUUUACUAAUAGUGUAAAUUUUCUUAAAAAUGAAAAUCUAAUGGUUAAUAUAUGAUAAGCAGGUGCCUCCAGCUGAACUAGAGGCUCUUUUGAUCGCUCAUCCACACAUUCUUGAUGCUGCUGUUAUUCCGUAAAAUAUUUAACAACUAAAACACCAUGAUUUUUGCCAUUCAAAUAUCGAAAAACAUGUAGUUUGUUUCUUUUGUGCAUUGUACAGGUUUCCGGAUAGAGAAGCCGGACAAUAUCCGAUGGCUUAUGUAGCCCGAAAGCCCGAGAGCAAUCUCUCCGAAAAAGAAGUUAUUGACUUCAUCUCUAAUCAGGUGGCACCGUAUAAGAAAAUAAGAAAGGUUGCAUUCAUAAGUUCCAUACCAAAGACUGCAUCCGGCAAAACACUUCGCAAAGAUCUAAUCAAACUAUCAACUUCCAAACUUUGAAAGGAUAAAUUUGCUAGACUUUCUUAAUUUUAUUGAUGGUAUUGUUUUUCAAUAAGAGAGAAAACUGUAAAUCUGUAAUCAUUGUAUAUAUUUUUCUGUAUACAUAUGUAUAGUGUUGAAUAAUUUCCAAGGACAGAUAUAAUUAGUUUGCAUUAGGCCCAAAGGCGUAA